CACGCGCACGGGAGGUGGCGGGGGGUUGUGCUUGCUCCUGCUCUCUGACCCCAGUGGCAGCUUCGACUCACUGCACUCCGGCUCCCCCUCCGUCAGACCGAAGCUGUUCUCGCGCUCUCUCUCUCUUCCCCUCUUGUCUGUCAGUGUCUCUCGUCCUUCUCUCUGGCUUUUACCCCCUCCGCUCUCUUCUUGUCUGGUUUCUUUCCACAGGAGCCAGCAGAGGUCCCGCCGGGUCGAAGGUUCUGCCCUAUCUGCCUAGCCUGCUGCAACCCCCGGACGGUCGCGUACGAACCUGCCCGCUCUACUGCUGCUGCUGCCGCAUGGACCCGCGUCCCUCCGCCGCCGCUGCCGCCGCCUCCUCCGCCGCCGCUGCGUAGAGGGCGACCCCGACCCGACACUCUUUUCUCCGGCCACAAAAAACACGCACAAAAACCCCCCACACGACGAAGGAGGUCUGGUAUAAAACGGCUGUCAAAGCCCACAGUGGCCACUUUACUAUCAGUUAGGGAGGUCAGACAGGAGGGAGGCUCAGGGUGCAAGGAGACUCACAGCGGAUCUGAGUGCAGUGUGUCGUGGUCGAGUCAGUCGGCCGGGUUGCUGCUGCUGCUGCUCCUGCUGCUGCAGGGAGGCUUCCUGGGCUUCUGGAGAGCGGCUCUGAAGGAUGACCGCCGCACGGCUCGCUGCUGAAUCUCGGUGAACGAACAGCAUCUCAUGUCCAAACUGUGGAAGGAUGGCUCAUGGCAAAGUGACCAUCACUGUGGACGAGUACAGCUCCAACCCCACACAGGCCUUCACGCACUACAACAUCAACCAGAGCCGCUUCCAGCCCCCACACGUCCACAUGGUGGACCCUAUUCCGUAUGACACUCCCAAGCCAGCAGGACACACCAGGUUUGUGUGUGUUUCAGACACACACUCGCGUACAGAUGGCAUCCAGAUGCCCUAUGGCGAUGUGCUGUUGCACAUGGGUGACUUCACUGAGCUGGGCCUGCCCUCUGAAGUUAAGAAGUUCAACGACUGGCUAGGUGGCCUACCAUAUGAGUUUAAGGUAGUAAUCGCGGGGAACCAUGAGCUGACCUUCGAUAAGGACUUUAUGGCUGAACUGGUCAAGCAGGAUUACUACCGAUUCCCCUCAGUGUCCAAGCUCAAACCAGAGGACUUUGACAAUGUCCAGUCGCUGCUCACAAACUGUGUGUACCUGCAGGACUCAGACGUCACCAUAAAGGGAUUCCGGAUAUACGGGACACCAUGGACUCCGUGGUUUAACGGAUGGGGGUUCAACCUGCCUCGAGGACAGUCUCUGCUGGAUAAAUGGAACCUCAUCCCUGAGGGCAUCGACAUCCUGAUGACCCACGGACCUCCACUCGGUUUCCGAGACUGGGUUCCUAAGGAGCUACAGCGGGUUGGCUGUGUAGAGCUGCUCAACACGGUCCAGAAAAGGGUGCGACCCAAGCUUCAUGCCUUUGGAGGCAUACACGAAGGGUACGGGAUCAUGACAGACGGCUACACGACAUUCAUCAACGCGUCGACCUGCACCGUCAGCUUUCAGCCCACCAACCCCCCUAUCGUGUUCGACCUGCCCAACCCUUCCAGCUCCUGAGAUCAGAGGAUGGGGGGGCGGGGAGGGUCAAGGGCUGGAUAAACAACUUCUUUUCAAAAAAUAUGUCAAGUUUAAAAAAAAUAAAAAAUAAAAAAAUAAAGUUAUAAGUGGUUCUUUGGCAACUUUGAAUCUUCUCCAACCUGUUGUGAGACGGAGAAGAUUUAAAGACGUAGGGUGGGGGUGGGAGCGUGUGUGGGAGUGUUAAAGGAGAAUACCAUUGUUUUUAUUUAGGUUUUAAUUUUCUGUUUGUUUGUUUUUAAGCUUGUGCCAGCAGUCCCGGUCUGUUUUUUUUUAUUAUUGUUGUUGUUCAUCUGCACACAGUCAGAACAGUUGCAGAUAUCAGGGCCCGUUUUUCUCCAGAAUGCUUUCCAGCUUUGUUCAAUAUGAGAAACGGCUUUGACAAAGCAAAGAUAAUCCCUGAAGAAACUUUCUUUUGUCCUGAUUUUGACUGUGUAGGGUCGAGUGUUUAUUAUGUCGGCGCAGCUUCAUUUCACACUCCGCUUCCUGUCAGCCACAGGAAGAAUUAAUCCCUCAAAAAGAUGUUGCCUUAGUGCAGAAUGGCAGAUGAGAACAAUGCUUUCAACUUGCACGCUCUUAAAACACUACUUGGCCACAGGGAAGAAAUCUGUGAUCUCAAAAUGAAUUUUUUAUUUUUUUUUUAAACUAAAUUAAAUGUACGGAAUAUUCUCUUUCAAGGCUUCCAUACCAUCACAUUGUUUGUUACAGCAGAAAUUUGGAAUGUUUGAAUUAAAAAUAUAAAUGUUUUAAAGUCUAAAUGUGUGCAGAUUUGGAGGGACUGCUGAGCUAUGAGCCUGGCUGAUACUGGUAUUCUCCUUUUUAGGGGGAUUUUUGUGAUUAAACAAUCUUGCUCUUGAUAAAUAAUGGUCAGAUCUGUAAGAUAAAUGAUGCUAUGUGAAUUUGUAUUAUUUUUUUUUUUUUUUACGUUUGGUUUGUGUUAGCCAGACAAUGCAUACCAUGGAUGUGUCAUCACGAUAUUUCAUAUUUGGGUUCUUCUUGUUUGUUUCGAACCUCUCGUCAGUUUCUCUUUUUUCUUAUUGGCUGACAGGGACGCUGCCUUAAACUAGCUUUAAUGUUCUCAGCUAGAGCCCCCCUUCUCUGCGAGCUCAGAGAAAAAAGUCCUUAUUUAUUACCCAUCAUCCCCGCAAAACAACACCUAACCAACGCAGGGACAGAAGACUAUCCAGUUACAGCCGGAAAAAUUCCCUUUGUAUCGCCCCGUUAUGGAUUUCUGAUCUGAUUUGGAAAAUGUAAUGUAUAAAAAUAUAUAUAUUAUAUAUUCAUGUUGUAAAACAUCUGUACUAAAAGUUGUGUUUGACAAAAAAAAGUGCAUUUUUUUCUGUAUGCACCUGUAUGUUUGCCAUGUUUCUUUAAUUCUCUCGUUAAAAAUCUCUUGAGACGUUUCUUUAAUGAUUUUUGUAUCAAUUCUCCCAGUAGGGUAGACGUUUAUUUUGGAUGAGAGAGGAAAAAUUUGUCACAAUCCAACAGGUGCUGAUUGUUCCCAACAACACACCUGCCUAAACAUGGUUAAGUUGUCCUUUAAAGUGUAAAUUUGAUAGUAUUUGUGUUUUAUUGCUUUUUUCUAAUUUUGCACUGUGUGUAAAUGCAAUCUUGCUAGCACAAAAAAAAGUUGCCAAUAGUUGUCUCAACUUUGCCGCUGUAAAUGCUCUUUUCGUGCUCUGUUCCUCUCUCGCUCUUUCUCUGAUUGUAUCCCUCUUCAUGGAAAUGUUAGUUCUCUCUUUCAGUUCAUUGUGAUAUAUUUAGCUGCCUUUAUAUGCAAAUAAAAUUGCAAGAUUUUUA